UUACUAUGUUUGAGUAGUUAGCUUUUUUCCUGCACUGUUGCCCAGUUUUGAGAGCUUCGGUUGGAAUGGCUACAGUAGUAGUUAACUUUAAUUAAUGGAAGAAAACGUACCACUUUUUCCCACUGGAGGGCAGUAUGCCAUGUAAGACUGAUCAUUUAUAAGAGCUUGUGGCUGCUGCUUGCUCACAGUAACAGUCGCAUAACCUGCUGUGUGCAUGGGCCUGUAUUAAUUUCACUGCAACCCAGGACUGUAUUACAGAGGCAACAAGCAACGGACAUUGGGGUCAAGAGAACAUCACAGGGCAGAUUACUUCUCCGAUUCCUUCUAGCAAUUUUUUAAUCCUUUGUUUAACCAGAUCCUCGACGUGAGACUACAUUUACCAUAUAGCCCCUCCGUAUACGCCAUCCUUCACCACACGUAUCCGUUUGUGUAUGUGUGAGCCUGGAAAGAGGACUUUGUGAAAUUGCAGCGAUGUCGGUCCAGGUUGUGGCAGCGAAAAUGGCCGAGGUCGAGCUGAAAGACAUACCUAACAAAGAUUUGCCACCGGUUCCACAAGUGGCCCCAAAGGCGGAAGAGAAGCCGGCUGUUAAAAACGAGCCUAAUGCCGCAGCUGCGGCUUCGGAGGCAACUGCAAGCGGGGACCCCAGCCCUCCAACCCCGAGCCCGAACCCCAUGAAGAUGCCGCAGGCAUCGGCAAUGAAGCGGACAGACCCUCAGCAGAACGGCGGAGAAGCACUUGUGAACCGCGAUGGGACGGUAGUCGAAGCUCCAAGAACUGUGAAGAAGCAGAUCCAGUUUGCUGACCAGAAGCAGGAGUUCAACAAGCGACCCACCAAGAUCGGGCGCCGGUCCCUGUCUCGCUCCAUCUCGCAGUCCUCCACGGACAGCUACAGCUCAGCUGCCUCCUACACAGACAGCUCCGACGAUGAGACCUCCCCUAGAGACAAACAGCAGAAAAACUCCAAGGGCAGCAGCGACUUCUGCAUCAAGAACAUCAAGCAGGCAGACUUUGGGCGCAGGGAGAUUGAGAUAGCCGAACAAGAGAUGCCUGCGCUGAUGGCUCUGAGGAAGAGGGCUCAGGGAGAGAAGCCUUUGGCUGGGGCCAAGAUCGUGGGCUGCACUCACAUCACCGCCCAGACUGCGGUCUUGAUGGAGACCCUGUCUGCUCUGGGCGCACAGUGCAGGUGGGCCGCCUGUAAUAUCUACUCCACUCAGAACGAGGUGGCCGCUGCCCUGGCCGAGGGAGGGUUUGCCGUGUUUGCCUGGAAAGGGGAGUCGGAAGAUGAUUUCUGGUGGUGUAUUGAUCGCUGUGUCAAUGUGGAAGGGUGGCAGCCUAACAUGAUCCUGGAUGAUGGAGGUGACCUCACUCACUGGAUAUAUAAAAAGUAUCCCAACAUGUUCAAGAAAAUCAAGGGAAUUGUGGAAGAAAGUGUCACUGGAGUUCACAGGUUGUACCAGCUGUCGAAGGCAGGGAAGCUGUGUGUUCCAGCGAUGAAUGUGAAUGACUCUGUAACCAAACAGAAAUUUGACAAUCUGUACUGCUGCAGGGAGUCCAUCUUGGAUGGUCUGAAAAGAACAACAGACGUGAUGUUCGGAGGCAAGCAGGUCGUGGUGUGUGGAUAUGGAGAGGUGGGCAAGGGGUGCUGUGCAGCUCUGAAGGCCAUGGGCUCCAUAGUGUACGUCACAGAGAUUGACCCCAUCUGUGCCCUGCAGGCCUGCAUGGAUGGAUUCAGACUGGUGAAGCUUAACGAAGUCAUUAGACAAGUGGACAUUGUAAUAACUUGCACAGGUAAUAAAAAUGUUGUGGUAAGAGAAUACUUGGACCGCAUGAAAAAUGGCUGCAUCGUCUGCAACAUGGGCCAUUCCAAUACUGAGAUUGAUGUGGCGAGCCUGCGCACCCCCGAGCUGACAUGGGAGCGGGUCAGAUCGCAGGUGGAUCACGUCAUCUGGCCCGAUGGAAAAAGAAUAGUCCUGCUCGCUGAGGGCCGACUUCUCAAUCUGAGCUGCUCCACAGUCCCCACCUUUGUGCUGUCGAUUACCGCAACCACCCAGGCACUGGCUUUAAUAGAGCUUUACAAUGCUCCUGAGGGUCGCUACAAGCAAGACGUCUACUUGCUGCCAAAGAAAAUGGAUGAAUAUGUAGCAAGUCUUCACCUUCCCACAUUUGAUGCACACCUUACCGAACUGACUGAUGAGCAAGCAAAAUACCUGGGUUUGAACAAAAAUGGCCCAUUCAAGCCAAAUUACUAUAGGUAUUAACCUACCGUAAUAAGGAAAUGAAAAGUAUCAGACCGCAGCAACCGUACCGACCAAGAUGAGACGACAAGUCGAAACGUUUCCGCGUUACCACUCAGGAUUGAGACGAUCCUGUUUUAAAAGCUGGACUCGACGACGUACCAGACAGCACACUGCAGAUUUUAUUUAUUUAAUAAGAAUAUUGUACUCUAACCUCUUUGAGCUGCUCCAGCCGCUGUCAGUUUUUUGGAAUGACAAGGAGGUUACAUCAUUUCAUUUUCUCUUCUGUACCUUGUCAGUUGUAAGUAAUCCAUUAGAGACGUUGUUGUAAAACUAAAAGAGAUAUAUUCAAAAGAAAAACAAAAAUGUUUGAGUGAUGCUUUAUGAAUAUAUAUGAUGCACAUGUUUGUUUUAUCAUCUUUAUUUUUUCUAUUUGUGAUUUCUUUUUCCCAAGUGGUCGUGGGAGCAGGGAUAUUCUGGGGAGAUUUGGGCCUGGGUCCAAUCAUAUCGUCUUUACCACAGAUCACACGACUCAGAUCUUGUGUUUACAAAGCUUUUGCUGUUUAGUUCCCAUGACAACAAGCAAAGUUAGCACAAGUAAAUCGACUAAUACUGUACUUAUCACUGGGGCUUGCUUUUUUCUGCCUCUGUAAAUCAAACACUAUGUGUGAAACGUCACCAUGGACAGUACAACACUACAGAGCUGCACUGAUAGGCUGUCUUAAGACACUUUUAGCUUGGCCAUUUUAAUGAAUCCAGUGUUAUUAAAUAAUAUUUUUAAAUAAUGCUUCAGCCAAGGUAAUUAAAAAAACAAGUCAAAAGGAGGAGCAAAUGGAUUUGAGUUUAUAGGAUGAUGUUUUAAGUUGAGAAAUUAAAUGAAGGUGAUGUAUUCUUGCUUUGUUAAAAUAACUUUUAUAUGGACUUUACAUCUUCUUUCAUGGUUUUUCCACCAGAAAUGUACCUUCCUUAUUAAAGGAACAAAUUCUUAUUUUCCUUGAAAUAAGUAUCAAAUUAUUUGUAGCUUCAAAUGUAUUCCCAGGUCUUUCCUUCUGUCUCAUCAAUCGGAGAACCUUCUGACCACAGUUAGAUCACUUGUGCACGCUCAUUCAGUAAGUGUUUUAAUGGACUCUGAAAAAACGGAAACAAAUCAACAUGCUCUGGCCUAUAUGGGAUCAUAUUAAUAAAGCCAUAACUAAUGUUUAACGUAAAAUAGGGUUCCAGUUUCCCUGUGUUCAUUUUAUUUUUUUUAACGAUUCAGCACUUAAGUGUUAGAAACGGUUUUGAAACAAGGCCUCUCUGCUUCUUUUUGAGUAGAAGCUGUGGGAUAUUUUUGGUAUUUUAGGCUGAAGUAAUACUAUUUCCCCAUUUAAUAGGGAAAUAUGGCCUAAAGGUGGUGGAUGCUAUGAGAAUCGAGGGGGUAUAGAACAUAUCUCACACCCAAUGGCAGUUUUGGACAAGUUGCAUAUUGUAAAGACACAAUACGCAAUACAAAAAAACUUGUCAUGAACAAAUACCACAGCUCACAUGCUGAGAGUUGGGGAAUCUCUCUGAAGCACUCUCUUAUAGCAUCUUGUCCAAGCAAAAUCUCAUCUUUCUGUGAUCGGUUCAGAAUAUUAGCUGUAAACAGCUAGCAUGUUCAAUUUAUGAUCCAUGUAUUAUACAUUUUGUCUUGUGUGUAUCAUUAAUACAUUAAAUUUAAAAAAACUAUAUGCAUAAAAUAACAUGUAUUACCAGCAGCAAGGCAUGCUGCCCCUCUACUGUAAACCUCCAGUUUUGUUUUUUCAAUUUUAUUAGCAAUUUGCUUGUGCUAAUUUCAGAAAUGUCCUUCAUGCAAUUGAUAAUUGUUUGCAUCUUAAUACCCAUUGUCUUAAGUUUUGUUAUGAUUUUUACAUUACUGUAUGUAGUUGUCUCCAGUUUUCUUAACUUUUAUUUGCUGAAGUUGUCUCAGGAUCAUUGCUUGUGCAUUACGGUGGAGUCAUUGGGAAGGUUUUAUUAACAUUAUAUGGGAGAGGGUAACACCAGCAUCUCAGAUAGGUGAUAAACUCUAAAAGAAAUUAACUAAAAUCGCAUACCUGUAUUUAUCGUUGUAAAUCUUCAGUACAAAAAAAAACAAAAUCUGAGAUUUUAAGUUGUCUGAACAAUGUUUUAAAUAUUGCAAGUGAUUGUAGUAGAUGAGCAAUAAUGAAUCUGUAAUGUUAAAAAAAUAAAGUGUAAAAAAUUA